UCGUGACCAAAGAAAAUAUGUAUUUGCAUGUUUCGUGGACUUCGAAAAGGCAUUCGAUAAAAAGCAGCUGUGAAAUUAAUGCAAAUACUAAAAAAUAUCGGAAUAGAUGACAAGGUUAUUCGUGUCAUUAAAAAAUUGUACUGGAAUUAAACUGAAAUCGUAAAAAUUGGAGAUAACUACACCGAUGAAAUCACCAUACAACGAGGAGUCAGACAAAUCAUUUCUUUGCAAUAACCUUGUCAGUUUAGAACUAAGACAAAGAAUGGUUAAGUGCUAUGUUUGGUCCGUAUUUUUGUAUAGUGUAGAAGUAUGGACGCUAAAAAUAUCGAUCAUGAACAAAACUAAAGCAUUGGAAAUGUGGGUUCAUAGACGAAUUCUGAUGAUACCUUGGACAGCAAGGAAAACUAAUAAAGAAGUAUUAAGAAGCGUCAACAAACAUAGAGAACUGCUAAAGACUGUUAAACAUCGAAAAAUGUCUUAUCUGGGAAAUAUAGUAAGGGAAAGUCGAUAUAAAAUAUAACAACUCAUACUUAAAGGGAAAAUAGGGGGCCGUAGAGGUGUAGAAAGAAAACAAGUUUCUUGGUUAAAAAGCAUUCGUGAAUGGACUCAGAUAUCAAAUGCCGGACAAGUAUUCCAUAUUGUAG